GGGUUGAGCACUAGGAACGCAGCAAGAGCCCAGUCCCGCUAAGGCUGAGCCUCCCAGAAGUAGCCCAGACCGGAAUGUCAAGCAGAUUCUUGCUCCAGCUCCUGGGGUUCUGGCUAUUGCUGAGCCAGCCUUGCAGGGCUCGAGUCUCGCAGGAGUGGAUGGACCAAGUCAUUCAGGUGUGCGGCCGUGGAUAUGUCCGUGCACGGAUCGAAAUCUGCGGGACCUCCGCGGGAAGACUGGCGUUGAGCCAGGAGGAGGCAGCUCCGCUUGCCAGACAAGCCACUGAAGUUGUGCCAUCCUUCAUCAACAAGGAUUCAGAGCCUUUCGAUAUGAGGUUGAAAUGCCUUCCAAAUUUGUCAGAGGAGCUGAGGGCAGCACUGUCUGAGGCUCGUGCCUCCUUCCCAGAGCAACAACACACGCCUGCGCUGAGUGAUCCUGUUAUCAGCUUGGAAGGAAUUAAGAAAACUUUCUAUGAUACACUGGGUGAAGCAGAAGACAGUCCUCCGGGACUUAAAUACUUACGUUCAGAUACUCAUUCACGGAAAAGGAGGGAGUCUGGUGGAUUUCUGAGCGAGCAAUGUUGCCACAUUGGCUGUACCAGAAGAUCGAUCGCUAAACUCUGCUGAUACAGAGCUAAUUGAGCAGUGUUCAUGCGCAUUCUUGCUACCUGGUUGAUGCCUCUCUCUGUUCCCUUUUCUUAUUUAUUAGGAUCUGAGAAACUGUAAUUUACAUUUG